GGCGGGGACGCGGACGCGGGCGCGCGCGGCUGGGCUGAGGCGGGCGGCGGCGGCUGUGGGCCGGCCGCGGAGGGGGAGGAGCGGGAGCCGAGCUAGGCGGGCGGGCGGAGGAUGGGGCCGUGCCCGGGCUCCCGCUGCAGCCGCCCGGGGAUACGCUGUGCACCCUCCGGCUCGCGGCGGCCGCGGAAGCAGCGUUAGCGGUCGACUCUCGCGGCGUUCGCGGCGCUUCCUGACCGCGCUUCUCCCUCGGGCUGACGAGAAGAGGCGGCGGCGGCGGCGGCGGCACCACCACACCGGCGUCUCUCCCGUUGGAGCUUGCUUUCUGCUUUUUUUUUUUUUCUCCUCGUCAACUGCCUCACCCCUCCCCCCUUUUAAAAAUUUUUUCCUGAGGAAGGGUGACCUCUGGGACUGGAAACAAUAUUUUUAUUAUUAUAGAUAUCUAAUUUUUUUUUAGGAGGACUGAGGAGAAAGGGGUGGGCGGUCGGCUUCUUCUCUUCUUUCAUCUCCCUCUUCCCUCUCCACUCGACCCCGAGCCCAGACCCUAAAGCGAAGCCCGCAUCCUCCCGCACCCCGGAGCCCCGGGUAUUAUGCUGUCCUCCCUGGGGGAGCUGUGUCCGGCCUCCCCCCGGCCGCCGUCCUCGCGCCUCCGGGCGCCCGCGAGUCACUUUGCUCCGAGGCGAGUGUGAGAGGCGGGGGUGUCCGCCUCGCUCGCGCCCGGGGGGGGGCGGGUGAAGUUCAUUGCCCCCACUUUGUCGCGACCUUUCCGGAACAACCCACCUCCCCCUCUUUAUUUUGUAUUUUUAUUUUAUUUUGAAGGGGGGGGUUGGUGGUGGUGGUGGUGGCGGCGGCGGCGAGGUGGGCCGGGGCCGGGCGUUUUCGCGGAGGAGGGGUCGGUGGGGGGCGCGGCGGAGAAUGGCCGCGGGGAGGGCUCCUCGGAGCCGCCGCCUUCCAGUCUCUUGAUCAAAGCAUUCCGCUAUUCUGAUUUAUCGCCUGCUCGGGGAGUUAUUUUUUAUUUAUUUAUUUGCCUGAUUAUUUUUCACCCCCCUCCCACGCCCCUGCCGAGGGAGAGACGUGUGUGUGUGUGUGUGUGUGUGUGUGUGUGUUCAGCCAUUACUUUGCUGGGCGCCGCUCCCGGGGAAGCUCGGAGCCUCGGAGCCGGGUGGGGGGGGGGAGCCCCGCACUUGGGCUCCUCGCCUCUCGCCCUCGCGCCCGUCCUCCUCCCUCUCUCCGCCCCUUCCCCCCUUUUUUUCUUUCUCCUCUCUUUCUUCCCCCCUCCUCUCUCUCUCUUUCUCUCUCUCUCUGUCGCUUUCUCUCGCUUCUUUUCGGCCACCGUCUACCCCGCGCCCUCCUCGGGGCGGAGGGAAGCUGAGGCAGGGGAAGGAGGGAGGGGGCUCGGUGUCAAUUUUUUUUUUUUUUUGGUGCGGCCGCGGCGAGCGGGGCGACCCCGGCGGCGGCUGAGCCAUGGAUGGCCCGGCGCGGGGCCAUGGACUCCGCAAGAAGCGGCGGUCGCGGUCGCAGCGAGACCGAGAGAGGCGCUCCCGGGGUGGGCUGGGGGCCGGCGCGGCGGGCGGCGGCGGGGCCGGCCGGACCCGGGCGCCCUCGCUCGCCUCGUCGUCGGGCUCCGACAAGGAAGACAAUGGGAAGCCCCCGUCCUCCGCCCCGUCCCGGCCCAGACCCCCGCGGAGGAAGCGGCGCGAGUCCACGUCGGCCGAGGAGGACAUCAUUGAUGGAUUUGCCAUGACCAGCUUUGUCACUUUUGAAGCGCUGGAGAAAGAUGUAGCACUUAAGCCUCAGGAACGGGUGGAGAAACGCCAGACCCCUCUGACCAAGAAGAAACGAGAAGCACUUACCAAUGGUUUAUCUUUUCACUCUAAGAAGAGCAGGCUCAGCCAACCACACCACUACAGUUCAGACAGAGAAAAUGACCGCAAUCUCUGCCAGCACCUUGGGAAGAGAAAGAAAAUGCCGAAGGGACUCAGACAGCCUUGGAUUCAUCCACUUCUAAAAGAGACAACUUGCUCCCAUUGCAUGGUUCUGGCUCCCUCUGCAGCUCCAAAUGAAAAAGUGCUCUGUUGUCUUUCGAUGCUAAAAAAAAAAAAUCCAUCUUUCGGAUUUCUUUCUCCCAAGCCAGGACAGAACAGCUGCAGAGACAGUGACAGUGAAUGUGCCAGUGGAGAAUCCAAAGGCUUCCACAGGAGCAGCUCACAGGAAAGACUCAGCGAUAGUUCAGCUCCUUCCAGCUUGGGAACAGGCUACUUCUGUGACAGUGACAGUGACCAGGAAGAGAAGGCAUCAGAUGCCAGCUCUGAGAAACUCUUCAAUACUGUUCUUAUAAAUAAAGAUCCAGACUUGGGUGUGGGUGCACUACCCGAACAUGACAGCCAGGAUGAUGGGCCGAUUGUCCCCAAGAUAUCGGGUCUAGAGAGAAGCCAGGAGAAGAGCCAGGAUUGUUGCAAAGAGCCGAUCUUUGAGCCCUUGGUGCUUAAAGACCCCUGCCCUCAGGUCCUGCAGCCGUUCCCACAGCCCCCUGCAGAGCCCCAAACACAAGCGCUUUCUCCGGACCCUGACUUGGUGCAACGCACAGAGGUCCCACCUCAACCCCCACAACCAAGCACACAGCCUCCCCAGGGCCUCCCGGAGGUCCAGCUCCAGCCUGCCCCUCAGUCUCAGGUGCAGAGACCGCCCCGGCCACAGUCCCCCAGCCAGCUACUCCACCCCAGCCUGCCCCCCGUGCAGGCUCACCCCACGGCCCAGAGCCUCCCCCAGCCGCUGUCAGCUUAUAACAGCAGCAGCCUAAGUCUCAACAGUUUGAGCAGUAGCAGAAGCAGCACUCCAGCAAAGACUCAGCCUGCCCCUCCUCACAUUUCCCACCACCCGUCAGCCUCCCCAUUCCCCCUGUCACUGCCCAACCACAGCCCCCUGCACAGCUUCACACCCACCCUGCAGCCCCCCACACACUCACAUCACCCCAAUAUGUUUGCCCCUCCCACGGCUUUGCCUCCUCCUCCACCACUGACAUCAGGGAGUCUGCAGGUCCCCGGACACCCUGCCGGGAGCACCUACUCAGAACAAGACAUCCUGCGACAGGAACUGAACACACGCUUCUUGGCCUCUCAGAGUGCUGACCGCGGGGCGUCCCUGGGCCCCCCGCCUUACCUGCGGACUGAGUUCCACCAGCACCAACACCAGCACCAGCACACACACCAGCACACACACCAGCACACAUUCACGCCGUUUCCCCACGCCAUCCCGCCUACUGCCAUCAUGCCGACGCCAGCACCUCCCAUGGUGCGUACCCCAGGCAGAAAUUUUGACAAAUACCCUACAAAAGUUGACCCAUUCUACCGGCACAGUCUCUUCCAUUCCUAUCCUCCUGCAGUAUCGGGCAUUCCCCCUAUGAUUCCACCCACUGGCCCUUUUGGUUCACUUCAAGGAGCAUUUCAGCCGAAGACAUCCAACCCCAUUGACGUCGCCACUCGACCGGGGACAGUCCCCCACACUCUGCUCCAGAAGGACCCGAGGUUGACAGAUCCUUUCAGACCUAUGUUAAGGAAACCAGGGAAGUGGUGUGCUAUGCAUGUGCACAUUGCCUGGCAGAUCUACCACCACCAACAGAAAGUUAAGAAACAAAUGCAGUCAGACCCACACAAGCUAGACUUUGGACUGAAGCCUGAGUUCCUAAGCCGCCCCCCAGGCCCGAGCCUCUUUGGAGCCAUCCACCACCCCCAUGACCUGGCGCGGCCUUCAACUUUGUUCUCUGCUGCUGGUGCUGCACACCCAACUGGGACCCCUUUUGGGCCGCCUCCUCAUCACAGCAACUUCCUCAACCCUGCUGCUCACCUAGAGCCUUUUAAUCGGCCGUCUACCUUCUCUGGGUUGGCAGCUGUUGGUGGCAAUGCCUUCGGAGGACUUGGGAAUCCUUCAGUUACACCCAACUCAAUGUUCGGCCACAAGGAUGGCCCCAGUGUGCAGAACUUUAGCAACCCUCACGAACCCUGGAACCGGCUGCACCGAACGCCUCCGUCGUUCCCGACCCCUCCGCCCUGGCUGAAGCCGGGGGAGCUGGAGCGCAGUGCGUCCACUGCAGCUCAUGACAGAGAUAGAGACGUAGAUAAAAGAGACGCAUCUGUUAGUAAAGAUGACAAAGAAAGAGAAAGCGUAGAGAAGAGACACUCCAGCCACCCCUCACCAGCACCCAUCCCGGUGAGCACCAUAGGACAUAACCGCAGCUCGGCUGAGCAGAUCCGGGGGCAUUUGAACACUGAGGCUCGCGAGAAGGACAAACCCAAAGAGAGGGAGAGAGACCAUUCAGAACCCCGGAAGGACCUGCCCGCCGAGGAGCACAAGGCCAAAGAGGGCCACCUGCCCGAGAAGGACAGCCACGGCCACGAGCCCCGUGCGGGGCCGGAGGAGGCCAAGCAGCUGGCCCGCGUGCAGUCCCCCUACGCGCGGCCCCUGGCGGGCGAGAGCACCCAGCCCAACAGCACCUCCAGCCGUGAGGCCGAGCCCCGCAAGAGCGAGCCAGCCUAUGAGAACCCCAAGAAGGGCUCAGAGGUCAAGGUGAAGGAGGAGCGCAAGGAGGACCAUGACCUGCCCCCGGAGGCACCACAGACCCAUCGGUCUGCAGAGCCGCCGCCCCCAAACUCCUCGUCGGGAGUGCACACGGGGCCCCUGGCCUCCAUGCCCAUGACGGUGGGCGUGACGGGCAUCCACCCCAUGAACAGCAUCAGCAGUCUGGACAGGACUCGCAUGAUGACGCCUUUCAUGGGUAUCAGCCCCAUCCCGGGCGGGGAGCGGUUCCCCUACCCCUCUUUCCACUGGGACCCCAUCAGGGACCCCUUGAGAGACCCCUACCGGGAACUCGACAUUCACCGCAGAGACCCGCUGGGUAGGGACUUCCUACUGAGGAACGACCCCCUGCACCGCCUCUCCACGCCCCGGCUCUACGAAGCCGACCGCUCCUUCCGUGACCGGGAGCCACACGACUACACCCACCACCACCACCACCACCACCACCACCCACUGUCCAUGGACCCGCGGCGGGAGCACGAGCGGGGGGCCCACCUGGACGAGCGCGAGCGCCUGCACCUGCUCCGCGAGGACUACGAGCACACGCGGCUGCACUCGGUGCACCCCGCCUCGCUGGACAGCCACCUCCCACACCCAGGCCUCAUCACCCCGGGGCUGCCGAGCAUGCACUAUCCCCGGAUCAGCCCCACCGCAGGCCACCAGAACGGACUCCUCAACAAGACGCCGCCCACCGCCGCGCUCAGCGCCCCGCCCCCGCUCAUCUCCACGCUGGGGGGCCGCCCCGUGUCUCCCCGCAGGACUACGCCUCUGUCUGCAGAGAUCAGGGAGCGGCCCCCGUCCCACACGCUGAAGGAUAUAGAAGCUCGGUAAGGGGAGAGCAGGUCCCGAGAGGAUGGACAUCCUCCUCCCACCUCCCCCUCCACCACCACACCAGACUUGCACACACAGAGAGAAGCUUCAGCAUCCAUCACAGACUGCGGGUACGGACCCCCAACUUUUCCUCCUCUACAAAAUCAUGUAUAGACUCGGUGCAGAUUUUGAAAUGUCUUUUUGUACAUUCUAUGUCAAAAUUUUCCAGCUCUUUUAGCCCAGUUCUAUGUUCUCAUGUCUCCCACAUUUUCGGGAUUGAUAAAACGUUUCAGUCUGAACCAAAAGAGUGAAGAUGACAACACACCAAUGUGGUGAUUGUGGGGAAGGGGGAGGAAAGAAACCCGGGUUCCCGUAGCCAGGUCAGGCAAAGCUCUUUCAGAUGAGAAGGGAAGGCCAUGUACAUAGUUAUGUAAAAAUAGAUUGCUUGGUGAGCUAAUGGUUCAUAUAUGCAAAAGGGUAAGAUGAAAGCUUUACUUUGUACAAAUGUAAAUAGAUAAAGAUUAAGUAACAUAAUACAUUAAUACUUCUUAAAAUGUGCUAUUUGCAAACUUAAUAUCAGCGAGCACAGCCUACCAGGGCAGUGUUCCCAUAUAUUGUUCUAGACAGCUAAACCCUUCAACUAUGCAAUGAAUGUUAGGGCUUUUCACAAAAGCCCACCUAACUCAAAGGAGCCUUUUCAGAUCCAUUUACAACAUACUUAAGGUCAUAUUUUCCCUGAACAAGCGCUUACGUGAUAUGACUCUGUUUUCCUUGCUUUUUUUUUCCCCCCCAAAAUGGAAAAACAUUCUUGGACUCCAGGUGGAAACUUCACAUCUGAAGUGGCUGCCUGUGGGUUUUGGAGAGUGGGUGGGAGAGGGGGCUGGAAAGGGUGCAGCCCCCAAAAAGGUAGCCAAGGACACAAACAGCAAGAGAGAUGGGGAGAUCGCAGAUGCCCAAAUCAGGGGACACAGACAGGUCGCCAGCAUCUCAUCUCCACCAGUCACUGACUCCAACACACCCCUUGUGGGAACUCUGCCCUUCAGGUGUGCACCCUACUUCCUAGCCACACAUGACUCCGCGUCCGGUAACACCAGUCAAUUAUACCCAAACAGAUCCUGAAAGAAAGCUUCGUGUUUUCUCAGAUGAUGGAUAUGUUUUCACUAUAUUCGAUAGCUGAUGGAUUUGAGGCGUACAUUUCUUGCUGUGGUCUCCCUGUGGUCCAGUUCAUGGGAACAGGUCUGCCUCAUGGAGCCAUGGAGAGUCACGGGAUGAAGGUGGCAGAGACAUAACUCUGUGUGUGUGUGUGUGUGUGUGUGUGUGUGUGUGUGUGUGUGUGUGUGUUUAAGUUUGCAUCAACCUUAAUGUCUCUUCAUAAUACUUUUAUAAUACACUAAGCCUCUUGUCUACAUAUUUGGAGAGAAUAUGACUUUACUAGCAGAGAAAUACAAUAUAUCUUGUCUACUGGACUGUAAAAUAUAUGUAUGAAAUAAAAUUAGUUCCAUUUGGUCUUCUAGUAUAUUAAAGUGCUAUCUGACAUUGUUAUCCUGUUUUUGCAAAAAAAAAAAAAAAAGUUAACUACAGACCAUUGUUUCUAAUAAGCAGAGAGAUCUAUUUUAGUAGUAAACUGAAGGUUUAGUUGUGAGCUUCAGAUUUUGUGAACUCCAGAUGUUGUGCAGUGUUUUUUUUUUUUUUAAGACAACAACUUAAAGAAAAAAAAAUCCGAGGAAUAUGUACACUGGAACUGUAGUGGUAGCUUUCAGUAUUGUAAAGAGAUUGUUCUAUACAGACCUUUUUGCUGUUUAUCCUGUAUGUAAUAAAGUCCUUUCUAGAUCCCAUGUGAAAAGAAACGUGAAGCGACUGAAUCUUCAGCAUGUUCUCAUCGGCGGAGCCUUCUUGUGUAAUGUAAACUGUGCCAUGUUAUUAAAAAAUGUGAACUAA